ACAACAUGAACCUGCAUGAAUGAAGCAUGUGCGCAGCGGCUACAAGGAUUACAACCCCUAACGUUUUGUGCAAGAUUCACCCGAAAUAUAACCUCGUCCUUCAGUCUCAGCAUUAACCGUGACGAACCAGUUGCCGGAACCGAAGAUGUCUGACGCAGCGGCCGAGUCGAAGAAGAGGGGCCGUAAACAUUACGGUGGCAUGAGGGGCAAGAGGCUGAAAGUGUCCCGUGAGCUCGAGGUGGGCAUGCGGGGCAUUCUCAUCACCUGCAAUAUGAACGAGCGCAAAUGCACGGCGGAGGCCUACAAUCUCCUCAACGAGUAUGCAGAGAAACUCUACGGACCAGAGAAGUUUGGCGACAAGGACAAGGGUGGCAGCGACGAGGGUGACGAUGCGUCUAGUGACGAGGACGACAUGGAGGCGGCUCUGAAGAAGGAAGUGUCACAGAUGAAGGAGUCCACGGAGAAGGGCAAGAGGCGUUUCCAAGCCAUGGAGAGCGGAGCUAACAACGUGGUCUUCAUCCGCACAGAGAAACUGGAGCCGGACGAGUUGGUGCACCACAUCCUACAAGACCUGCACUCCACCAAGAAGAAGAAGUCUCGAACCAUCCUGCGCAUGCUGCCGGUGAGCGGCACGUGUAAGGCGUUUCCCGAGGACAUGGAGCGCUACCUGACCGGAUACCUGGAGCCCUGGUUCAAGGAGCCGGCCCAGGCCACCUACCAGAUCGCCUUCAAGGCCCGAAACAGCAGCCACAACAAGAGGGACGACGUCAUCAAAGCACUGGCAGUUUUGGUGGGCAAGCUGAACCCCAAAAACAAAGUGGAUCUCACCAACCCAGAGCUCACCAUCAUUGUAGAGGUGAUCAAGAGCGUAUGCUGUGUGAGCGUGGUGCGCGACUACGUCCUCUUCAGGAAGUUCAACCUGCAGGAGGUGGCCAAGACCGAUGGGCCCCCCAAAAACGACCCCAGCGGCCCCAACCAGGGGGGUGUAAAGGGGGACCCCGAAACCAAGGCUUCAGGACAAACUGCAGAGACAAAGGCAGAGGCCGGCCAGCAGCAGACCACAGAGGCUGAAGAAAAAUGGAAAGGUAAUGACAAGACUGACCAGAAGGGGGCAGCAGACUCCACCUCUGAGGCCACUGGGAAUGGAAGCACAUAGAAACUGCAGGAGGAGGGAUGCUGACAACAAAAGCACAUCCUGCCAGGCGUGUGCGUGUGCGUGUG